AUGCCCUCCAUCCUCACAGAAGACGACAAGCAGACGGUCAAGCGCACCGUUCCCAAGGCCUCCAACAAAAUUCACGCCGUAGCUGUCGCGAAGCUCUACGUUGCCCACCCCGACCGAUCGAGAUGGACAUAUACUGGCCUGCAGGGAGCCGCAGUGCUCGCGAACGAUCUCGUGGGAAACACCUUCUGGAUCAAGCUGGUCGAUGUAUCUCCCGCGAACCGUGGAGUCAUUUGGGAUCAAGAGAUUUACGACACUUUCUCAUACAACCAGGACCGAGUCUUCUUCCACACGUUUGAGCUGGAGGAAUGUCUUGCAGGAUUGAGUUUCGCGGACGAGAAAGAGGCCAAACAGUUUCGGAAGAAGAUGGACGAGCGGGAGAAGAAUGCACACAAGAAUACCAAGAACAGGCCGUUCGCGAGCGGUCCGGCGCAGACCACAGGAUACGGACAGCAGCCACAGCAGACUCAACAAGUGGCGAGCAGCGGGAAGAGCCACGGUAUAUUCGGCGGUCUUUUCUCACGAGAUCGAGGCAACAGCCAGCCUCAGCAGCCGGCGCAAAGCAUCAUUCCACCACGGGGUGUAGAUGUUCAUGCGUCCUCGAGCCCUGCGGCGCCUUCCCCAGCAGGACGCAAUCGGGCUGAAUCAGACAUUGACCUCAACGAUCCGGCGGUACAGGCAGUGUUGGCAGAUUUGCUGCAGAUGGGAAUCACCGAGGAUCAGAUUCACGAACACUCGGCAUUCAUCAAGAGCUACUUGGAGCAGAAUAAAGCUACGGCGCAGGCACAAGCGGAGAAGAAUGACAGAGCAGCACGUGCUCCUCCGCCUCCGCCGCCUCAAGUAGCCAACCUCAGUCCGCAAACUACCGGCGGCUCAAAAGGAAAUCGGGGUCCGCCGCCAGCUCCUCCGCCGUCUAGGAGAACGGCAGGAGGUGCGGCGCCUGGCGGGAACAGACCACCCAGCCCAAGUCCCAGCCCUCCUCGAGAACCUUCACCGCAACGACCACGCUUCAGAGUCCCACCACCAAUCGCAGACGCCGGCAAGCUCGCGAACGAUGCUCCUGCGCCACCAGCAAGAAAUAGGGCUGCUAGUCAAAGCACGCCUGGUCCACCACCGCCUCCUCGUCCACCGAAAACUCCACUCGACAAUGACUCUCCUCCGCCUCCUCCUGGGCGCUUCGCCGUACCACCGCCGUUCGAAGGCAAGAGAGUGACAUCAAGCCCUGCGGCGCCUCCACCACCCCCGAGAGGAGCAGCAGCCGUACCUCCUCCACCUCCGCCACGAGAUACAGCCGCGCCGGCUGGCCUCCCUCCUCCCCCACCACCUCGUGCGCCCCAAAUGCCUGCCGACUCUGGUCCUCCUCCAGCUCCACCUCUCCCUCCACCAACCACAAGAGCCGUUCCACCAGCGCCGAACGGUCCCCCUGCACCACCUCCUCUUCCACCUAUGUCUAACGUCGCGCCUCCUCCUCCACCUCCAAUGCCUCCAACCGUAGCUGGUGGUGGGCCACCACCUCCUCCGCCGAUGCCUGCCGGAAGUGCCGCCGCUCCACCAACAGACAUGGGCGUUGAUGAAGACUCCGCCGCCGCGCUGCCUAAACUGGACGUCCCUGGACGAGGCGGACUACUGGCCGACAUUCAAAAAGGAGCACGGCUGAAGAAAGUCAGUGAUCAAGAGAAGAGAGAUCGAAGUGCUGCUGCGGUUCCUGGUGGCGAAGCUGCCGCGCCGGCGCCUGGAGGUGCGGGUGGUGGCGAUGCGGCUGCUGGUGGUGGAUUGGCUGAUGCUUUGGCGAGUGCUUUGGCGGCGAGGAAGAGUAAGGUUAGCCAUAGUGAUGAUGAGAAGAGUGAUGAUGAGUGGUAG